AUGCAGCGUUGCUCUCACUGCGGCCACUACGGUGAUCGCAAAACGCACUGUCGGCGUCAACACGGUUUCUGUGCUUACAAGCGUCGUCGUCCUCUUCCCAACAACAAGCGUCAAAAUCAACAACAAGGAUACGAUCAGCGACCGAAACUCUCGACCGAAAGCAUCUACUUGGACGAAUAUGAGAAUUACGAAUACAAGGAUUUCGAAGACCAAGCGAGCUUUCGAGUUCUGGUGCUCCAUCCUGGUGAUCCCGACGACCUUGUUCAAUGCAGCCUUGAAAUCCAACCCAUCCACGGCUAUCCUCCAUACCAAGCAAUCUCGUACACCUGGGGGGAGAGCAACGACCGGGCUGAUAUCCUGUGUGAAGGAAAGAGGCUGAAUGUCCCUCGAAACUUGAUGCACGCUCUACAGAAGUUUCGUAGAAGAAAGAGACCCAGGAUACUCUGGGCAGAUGCCGUGUGCAUUGAUCAGAAUGAUAUGCGGGAAAGGGGCCAUCAGGUCCAAAUGAUGGCUCGAAUCUUCAAACAGGCUCAAACUGUUCUCGUAUGGCUUGGUCAGGACGAGGGAAUCAACACCGUCACUCUUUUCAAAACCAUCAGGAAGACUUUUGCCGCGUUACGAAGCAUUGACGAUACAGCCGCCCAGGAAGAUAUACUCCGAAAAUUACCAAACGUCUUUUGGCAAGACUUGGUUUGGUUGGCUCAGAAGCCAUGGUUCAAAAGGCUUUGGAUAAUUCAGGAGAUUGGUCUUGCAGCUCAUGGAACGAUACAUUGCGGAGCAGCAGACCUGGCCUGGGCUCCUCUUUGGAGAUUUUGCAUUCUCAUGCGCAACUUUUUGAAGUUGGUCAACGAACAUGGCCUCUGGGAUAUUGUUCAAAUUUGGGAUCUGGGAAAUACGACCUUUCGAAAUGGAACAAAACACCCUGAGAAUGCACUCAAUGUCCUCCGAAAUGGUCAAAGUCACCAAUGCUCAGACCCAAAGGAUCGGGUAUAUGCAUUUUUGGGACAUCCGUGCUUCGAGCAUACACUUGCAAACCGCAGUUCCAGCAGCUUCCUGCUUGUGGACUACACCAUAUCUCACCAGGAGCUUUAUCUUGAUGUCGCUCAAAGAUUAAUUCAAUCUUCAAAUCGGAAUCCACUCGACCUGCUCCAAUACAUCGUGCAUGAGCAGGAUGUGUUCCACAAGUCCCUCAAUCCCUCAUGGGUUCCGCAGUGGGAUACACCAUUCAAUUCGGUACUUCUGGGUGGUGUUGGAUGGAGGCUCUGGCGUGCCCACGCUCAAACUUUGGCAGAUUUUCGACUCGCCGACCGGGCCCUGAGCUUGACGGGCUUUGGGUUCGACAAGAUAAUUUGGAGGUCUGACACAUUUUAUUCUGGCUCUAUACCGCCUGAUCCAGCACAUGCCCUUAUGAAACAGAAUCCACAUCCACUUAGCCAGAUAUGGGGUUAUCUUGGAACAUAUAUGUUGUCGGAAAGUACUGCUAAAGCAGUCAGUUGUGCGCUAUGCGCGCGACGGAUCGGAUACCACCUAGCGCUAGAUGGAUCUAGUGCAAACAUAGCUAUGGUCGAGGAAAAGUUUUCUUUGUCAUUUUUUACAUAUUCUUUUGAGAUGGGCAUUAUUACGUCGAGAUUCGGUCUCUACCGUGCAAGGAAAGCCCUAGGGAAUUCUCAGAUUGGUUUGGGAGUAUUUAUCAAUGCUUGUUUGUUACAGAGCGGGGAUGGAUAG